AUGGCAUCUUCUUUAUGGGAAUCUGAAUCACGUGAUGAUAGAGUAGAUAAAACCCACCGAGUAAGAGUGACGUUUUUGGCUUCUGAAUGGGGAUCAAGCAAAGGAGGGCUUUCCACCAUCAACAGGGAGUUGGCCAUUCAGUUAGCCAAAUGUCCUGAAGUGGAAGUCUCUUUCUUUUUACCACAAUGCAGUCAAGACGACAAGAAGUUAGCCCUGAAGCAUAAUGUAAAGAUCAUUGAGGCAGCACCACUGCCUGGCUUUGAGCAACUGGACUGGCUUUGCGUUCCGCCUGAAGAUUUGCAAAUCGACAUAAUCAUAGGUCAUGGAGCUAAACUCGGUAAACAGGCACAAAUCAUUAAAAAAUCUAAAGGGUGCAAAUGGGUUCAAGUGGUGCACACAGAUCCAGAGGAACUUGGAAUGUUUAAAAACUAUUCAGACGCAAUUUCAAAGGGCGAAGAAAAACACAAGACAGAAAUAAAACUGUGUGAAAUGGCGGAUCAUGUUGUUGGGGUUGGCCCCAAGUUGAGCGAGGCCUUUCGCUCCUAUCUUCGCAGCUGCCAAAAAGAUGACAAUGUUGUUGAUUUCACCCCGGGUGUAUUUGAAGAGUUUUCGGCUGUGAAACAGGCUCCUAGCGAAAGGCAACAACGCAGUGUCUUGGUGUUUGGUCGUGGAGACAUAGAGGAUUUCAAACUGAAAGGAUUUGACAUCGCUGGGAAAGCGGUCGCUGAAUUAGAAGAUACCCGUCUUGUGUUUGUUGGAGCUCCAGAUGGGAAACACGAAGAAAUAGCAAACCGGUUGACCGAAUGUGGUGUUCCUGCAAGUCGCUUGAGAGUAAGGGGAUUUCUACCAGACCGAGAGAGUUUGAAACGCUUGUUUCAAGAAGUAGAUCUUGUAGUCAUGCCUUCAAGAACAGAAGGCUUUGGGUUAACAGGGCUUGAGGCCCUGUCAGCUGGUCUUCCUGUGCUUGUCAGUCGCAACUCUGGUUUUGGAGAAACCCUGUGCAGUGUACCCUUUGGUUCAAGCUCUGUGAUUAACACAGAGGACCCCUCAGAGUGGACCUCAGCCAUUAAGAAAGUCUGGGCUAAGGACAGGAAAAACCGACUUGAGGAAGCGGAAACCUUGCGUUAUUCUUACGACAGGAAAUACAACUGGGCCAAGCAGAUAAACGAUCUUAUUGAGAAGAUGAUCAGCUGGAUCCAAGGUAGGAAUGUCUGUUUUCUUUUAUGUUUUGUUUCUUGUUUGUGCGUUUUUUUGCUUUGAUUUUUCUGUAACAAGUAUACUCUCUUCGUGAUUAAAAUUAAAUCAAAGAAACUAAUAGAAAAUUAUCGAAAACAAACAAUCAAACAAACAAAACGAAAGAAAAACAAAAUCUGAAAAUAAAAUAAAAUAAAACUAAACUAAGCAGACACACUUAUAGCCUGAAAUCGUAAUAGAAAUGUUGGGAACUAUUCAGCCUUUUGCAAGUUUCAGGAUAGCAAUGCGUGGAAAACUGUUUCCCUUUAGAUAUUAUUGUAAGAUUUUUAAUUCAUAACCAUCUGUCAUAUGCUUCAUGUACAGCUCACUUUUAUAAUUAUCUCUUGUGUCCAUAUUUACCGUAAAAGCCCGGUUCCAUUUGUUUUAUCUUUAACAGAUGAUUCUUCAAAUGUUGCGAGCUCCUCAGAAACAACAGGCAGAAUGUUUUCAUCUGCCUGCAAAACUUCUCAGCGGACGGAAGGUAUGGACGAGCACCGCGCAGGUAAUUUCUCCUAUCCCGAAAAACUUUUAUUACAAUCAGUACAAUUAUAUUGCCCUUGAAGGGGUGUUCUGUGCUCAAAAAAGCGUUAUCAUACUUUAACAAUUGUUCAAAACUUCAAUUGCAAAUUAAGACAUUGAUAAUUGGCAGCAUGUUGCGCUCUCUUGUUUUUUCGUCUUGGCGUACACUUACUGAUGCGUUCUUAACUUUUCACUGAGAUUUGCCGUAAAUUGGCUUUGGCUUUCUCGCUUUCUAUAGUUAUAACCACCUCAGUGAGAGAGACAAUUGUUGGCUUCACACUAGAGCUUGCGUGCAUAAUGUAAGUGUACCUGGAACCUACUUUGAGUGUGAAGAGGUAAUUUGUGCCAACUUCAACUUUACUUGGUGAUCAUGGAAACGAUUGUAGUUAAAUGAAGCCGAAGUUCGCCGCCAAGUAUCGGGUAUACACUAUGAACGGACAGAUAAACAUUCAACACGUCUUAGCUAAGAGCAUUGCGGAAGAGUCCAAGCCCAAAGCUCUUCGGCGAUUUCUUUGCCAAAGAGCGCGUUGUUUGUGCCGUUCUAAAGAAAUACAGAGGAAGACUUCGCUUGUGUUUUUUUUUUAUGACACUGCUAAGUACUUGUAAAAAGCGAAGUACGUAAGCAUGUCUGUUAGGGUCAAAACCCUUUGAGUUCAAAGUUCCCAAAAAAUAUACAACUAUUUCGAGAAAGGUUGUCAGAAAAAGUGCACGCGACAGUCCCCAAAGGUAUUGUGGGCGGUUUUGAUUUCACUGUUCUGAAGGUGGCUCGACCCAGUCUUUUUGUAGGUAGACCUUCCAUCUUUGAAUCUCUUUGACUUAAACAAAUUUAUCUUUUUUGUAAAACUAUUGUAAACACAUGUAUUACACAUAGACUUAACUUUAUCAUGACAUUAUUUUGGGGUUGAUCAAAAAAUAUAUAUCACGUGACAAUGACGUCACAAUAGUUUGAGCUCUAAAUCGAAUAGACCUAUUCGGCUAACUCAAUGUUGUACCCAAUUCAAAUCUCCCGGGGAUAAGAUUCUUUGUGUAUUGCAUUUGCAUUAUAAUGUGGCAUUCACAUUUAAAUGAUAUGGAAAUUCCUGAAACAAAACGUUUUAUUCCCAAAGGGUUUGAAUUGGGUACAACAUUGAGUUAGCUGAAUAGGUCUAUUGCACCCCUAGUCGGCAUUUUCUUUAGAAAUCUUGAUGUUUCCUAUACUUUGGGUGCUUGUCUUCUGUUGUGCGAAGUUUCACAAAAAUCGACAAGAAGGUAAACUGAAGACUGGAGUCAAUGCAGACAAAUUUGCUACUUUUUGCAUGUUUCUGAAAAGUUUUUAUCACUCGUUCGUUUUGCAAAUGACCCUCAUACACUCUACAACCGGCUAAACGCGAGUAGACUUCCGCAAUUUCGAAAAACACGAAAACAUGUAAAUCAGGGUAAAACGCAAUGCUGAGCUCUUUUUGUAAUUGUGUGGUUCCAGAAAAUAGCCAUACCACCCCCACAAAAGGGAUUUGCCGUAUGACCCCCCUCCCUUCUGGAUUUUCCUAAAUCGGCCCUCAAAAUUCACCCCCCUCACCCCUCCGGAACUUCCAAAAUUUUUGCACGACCCGUGAAACUAUUGCUAUCUCUUAUUGAAGUGAACAAAUGAAUAGUUUCGUUCACUAGGAUGUCAAAUUUUGUGAGUUUCAUGUAUUUUCUGUUGAAUUCUUUAACAGAUAAGCGCAUUCCAUAUGCGAACUCCCUAUGCACUCAAGUCACGAGCAAAUUUUCUACAAAGAGAUAAACAAAAAUUCUUUUGUGCUCAAGUCACAAAGAAAUUGUUGAAAAAGUUCUUCAAAUGAAAUACAAGGUCGCGUGGGAAAUAUAAGCCUUUUACCUCGCUUAAUUUAAUCCACCGUGUUGGACCAGCCGUUGGCUGCUAUUUCCGCUGGGCAAACUGCCUUUAUCGCUAGGUUUUUGUGUGCGUGUCUUUUCUUUGUUAAGUAUAUCAAUUAGGUUUUCUCAGCCAUCAGUACUAGUGUAGACUUCGAUCUGUCAACUUCAGCUCGGCAUUGGGCCAUAGGCUCUCUGUACACCAGUUUUUGUCUACUCAAAGCUAAUCAGGUUGUCUUUGUGUGUAAACCAAAGAUAGUACUCUCUUUUCUUUAUGUUUUGGGGGUUAAGUUUUUUGGUUCUUUAAUUCCUUUUAAUCGUUUUUUUGGUUAAGUUUAGAACAAGUGCACUUGAAUGAAGUGCUUACUUGAAACUAACUUCUCUUCUAGGGUGAAGCUAACAAAUAUAAUUAUAUUCAACUUCGCUUUGCACAUUUCGAUCACCCCCUCCCCCUCCCUCCCUAAUAUACCGCAACCAAUAUUUUUAAACUGCAAUAAUUAUUAAACAAGGUCAAACGUAAGUCCUCUCUGCCCCGUGAUUCAGUUAAUAGUAAACAAGGACUAAAAAAGCAAUUAAUAGAGAGGAGAAGUGUGACGUCACGUUACCAUGGUAGAAAAAUGUUUGGAUCACAACAAUGGGGAGCUUAAGGGUCAAAUGAACCAAAAAGGGAAAUAUUUUCUUUUGUCGCUUUACCUUCACCAAACACUAAAAGGAACCAUCCUAAGCAAGAUUUGGGUAAAGAUUUUACGUAAUAAAACUACAAGGCUUCCAAGUUCUGUCGCUGGCUGCAGCACAAUGCCUUCUGAAUUUUGCCCAUUUUCUCCCACUUCCACACGUCCCUCGCUACCCAGCCUCCGGAAAAUCAAAGCCAGAUAGUUUGCGAAGGUCGAUGUCAAAAAUGGUUGAGAUUGCUUGCCUCUAAUGACCUAAAGUGACGCCGCGAAUUUUCACAUGCGCCCCAAAAUCGCCAUCGUCAUUGGAUGUGCACCAAAGUGGUCGAUCUUAACGGCCGUAUAAAAUUCAAAUUUACGACAAUUAACCCUUGUCACCUCCCCACAGCCCACGUUGUACCCGCCAAAAAUGACAGUUGGAAGCGGCUGAUGCAGGUCAUAAUAUCAUGAUUAUUUUUUUUGCUGUAAGUCGCCUUUCGCUUGGCAUCAAAAAUUUGAAUAUAACCUGAGAUUAGAGCAGAAUGACCACGAAAUAAUCUUUAGUAAUCUUUGUGUUUACUCGUCAUGCCGUUGUGCUGUGGCCGGUUGCCGAAUAUGCAUGCCUUGUCGUGUUAUUAUCUAUUAGUCGGGGGUGUCAGUUUCAAGUGACUGAAAACACCACAAAAUCGCAGAACAUGACACUAAAAACAUACGGUUAGUUAUCUUUAUUCAUUUUUCUUACAUUAUAUUAACAUUUGGGAUGUAAUAUAUCAAACAUGAGAGUUGAAAAUACGACGCGCAGCGGAGUAUUUUUGACGAACUUCGAGGUGUUUCAUCUGGUUAUGAAACACUGUGUCGAAUGUUUGAUAUUUCUUCUCAAACAAAAUCAUUUUUGAAGGAGAAAUUAAGGAUGCAAAUACUAAGCAGUGUUUCAUCCGAUUUCCAAACACUCAUUAAACAUUAAUUUCCUUGUAUUUUCUUAAUGAAUUAUUAAUGAGUUUGAGAAUAAAAGAUGCAAAAUUCUGUGUUUUAUGAAGCAUUUCUACCGAUCAGUUGAAUCAAGCCGAGUGCGGGCUUACGAAAUACAGUAAAUGUAUGGGAUCACAUGUCGCACUUGACAUCACGAUCCCUCGAACAGUUCGGAUGGUCCGCCUGUGGCUGACUGUGUUUGUUUGUGUCGUUCUGUGCUGUUUUGUGAGAGUUAUGACUGAGACUGAAUGAAAUACGAGGUGCGAACGUUUGCUCCUUGUAAAGCCUUUUUAUUUGUUUUUGUUGUCGUUGUUGUUUUUUUGUCACUUGAAAAUUAGUUUGGAUUCAGAACAACCAAUGUUAGAUUAAAAACGGAUCAUUCCGCCAGUCUUAGGUGGAAUAAAAUGUUUUGCGGAACAUUUCCAAAGAGGCGAGCAUCUUUCUGAUAAUUGUGCAUUCAAUUUGUGAGUUGAUUUUGUGUCCAGAACUUCGCCUUCUUUCGCCGGGCUGAAUUAAAACCCACUUGUAUUCUGUUAUUAGUAGUUGCAGUUACUUUUUUACAUGCCCCUAUGCCCAGAUUUACUUACCUCUGCAGAGCCAGCGUCGUCCUUGUCUUCAAUCAAAGAACCGUAAUGCUAUAAACGCAUGCGAGUGAACAAACUUGCGCGCUUAAAACUUUCUCGGAAAUCAGAAGGCCAGCAAGCUUGCUCGAGAAGAAAAGACUACUUCGAUCAUUUUUCUGUUGCUCAUGUAAUAAUAGUCAGAGCUUUUUCGUUUUUUCAUUUUUAAUUACAUAUUUUUGUUUUCAUUCUGUACGCAAAUUUUUCUUUUCAACUGCUGUGAAGUAGCUCAGAACGACAACUGCCGGCAUUGACUUCAAAACAAUAGACUGACUCUUUGCCCGUAAGCAAUUGCAGGAGCUGGAUUUGACUGAAGUGAGCAAAACAAACCCUUAUGUGCCGUUUUCUGUAUUUUCUAAUGAUUCAGUUUGCUGAGUGUAAUUUGCUUGAAUGAAGUCCCUCGCAUGAACCAGUUAUUAAAAAUAGCUAAAAUUUAAUGGUGAAUCGUAGCUUGGUUGCGGAGCUUGCAAAUGAUCUUUUGCUUUUAAGAUCUUUAAGUGGGUUGUUUUUGUACAGAAAAUUCACUUCUUCAUUGUCCGCAGGUGUAAGAGCCUUAGCCUCAACCUCGUUCCCAGGGUUCUCUCCUACCCGUCCCUAUGGAGCAAGAGAGAGAGAGACCCUUGUUGGGUCUGGUCACGUGGCUCCAAAACAAAAUUAAUUCUGAGGGAGGAGUCCUUUCUAUCACAAUUUUGUGUCUCGUUCACCCAAUGAUCGCAAGGUUCCGCAAGAGCAAGGUAGAUUUGCUAACCCUACAACUAUAACUGAAACCAUGGGAAAUUUCUACCCAAACAGAACUUCCACUAGACAAACAAGUUGAUUAUUUUACCAGAGGUGAAAGCGAAAACUUGCGUUAUCGCAGUUUAACCGACGACACCAAUCGCUAAUGAAAAUUUAUGAUCUUGAGUUCUACACAAGCGUGUUUAUAUUGAAGGGAAAAUCCCUCUAUGUUAAACUUGCAUUAAAAGUAUCAAUGUUUGCCUGACAGCGGCUGCUUGUAAUCGGGCCGAAUCAGUAUACUGCAAAAUCUACAUCAUAAGCGAUCUUAGCUAGUGCUUCCGGAGCAGGGAAUUCAUAUUUGCUGAACCAUAACAAUAAUAUUUUAGAUCUAGUGACUUUAAUGAAACUAAGUCUAAAAUGAAAUGUUUGCUUUUCCACCCCCUAACCCGCCUUUGUUAUGAUGGGGAAUAGAAAAACGUAUCGCUUUUAGUGUUAGAUAGAGAAACCGGAAUAUAGAAGAGAGAACCUGGGAACGAGGUUGCCUUAGCCUUAUGUCUAUUUAAUGAAAAUUUGUUGUUUUGCAACCUUAUUGAAGCUUUUUUAGUUCACUUAAGGUGUUUCGAUACAGUUUUCAGAGGCCAUACCAAUAUUUUUCAAUCCCCUUAAAAGUGGUUUUUUCCUUGUCCGAUCGCUAUAAAAUCUUCACCAGUAAUUGGCUAUGGAUUGAAAUUUGUGAAAAUGUAGUUUUAAGUAAAAUCGAUACUACUAUGACAACAAUAAACAAAAAACUUUGAAAUUGAUAAAAGCCGAAUUUUGUGUGAUCUAGACCUGCUACUGAAAAUCCAGCACUAGGAACUUAAAGUUUGGGUUUAAGCAAACAAUCUCCGAAAGAAGUAAAAAGUUCUGUAUGUUUGAAUUCGACUGAAAGGAAAAUAUAUUUCAAACCUUAAAUUUUCAAUAGUUGUGCUAGAUUAUAUGGCUCAAAUUAUUCUUAAGUAGCGUCAGAAUCCUGCUUAAUAUCAUAUUUUGAUGAUAGGAAAUUUUAAAAAAGUUUCGUUAGAGUCAUUUUGGGGAGAUACAAGAAAGCACUAAAAGUCCAAAUUCUGAAUGAAGUUGCACUUAUACAGGUGCUGAGAAAACGGGUUAGUUUUCAAGAUCGCAAGAACGAAAGUACACCAAAAUUUCCUAUCAUCAAAAUAUGAUAUUAAGCAGCAUUCUAACGCUAGUUAAGAAUAAUUUGACUCAUAUAUAGCGCUUUUAUUAAAUAAUCUAUCACGGCUAUUGAAAAUUUAAGGUUUGAAAUAUAUUUUCGUUUCAGUCAAGUUCAAACAUACAGAAUUUUUUACUUCUUACGGAGAUUGUUUGCUAAACACCAAACUUUAAGUUCCUAGUGUUGGAUUUUCAGACCUAUUGAUUGCGUUAUUUUACAGUGGUAUGCCUGUGGUACGGAAAGUCCAUCGCUCGCUCGAUCGCUCUGUGUACGUUGAAGUGAUUACCAAAUUUUCUGGGAUGAUAGAUUUACUUAGCUAUGGGGCUCCACACGAGCGCGCUUCGCGUGCUUGGAGAUCCGCUAAAAAACUAUAGUUGCUUGAAACCGAUUUUGGGAAAGAUUAUACUAGAUAAAGAUAACCCUUGUUUUACCCACUUAUCAACGCCAAAACUUCUACAUUGAGGAUUUUGUUUAUAUUUUAGUGAUCUGCGAAGCUACAAGUGUCCAAUCAAGAGUGGGUUUUAAAAUAUCAACUCGAGUGCGACAAAGUUCAAAGACUUCAAACACAUUGUGGGCAAGCGUGAAUUUCUUUGGGCAAAUCACUGUACAAAGAUAUUUUGUUUUUGUGUCUACAGUGGAGUUCCGGACCUUUUAUAUCCAGGAACUUACUAAUAUGAACACAUUUUGUGAAUGCAUCUUGGAAAAAAUUAGACCUACUCAUUCGCAUAUCCAGUAUAACGCAAGGAAAUUAAUGUCGUUAAAGUCCGUUCUAUGAUGUAUUCUAUUCUUCGAGAAAAUUAAAUAAUAAGAAGGUUAUAACCAAAGCUUGCAACUUUUGAAGACAAACUGCUCUUUCUUUCCAGGUGCACAAACAACCAUAAUUUCUGCACCAAGUCCACUAGGAAAACACUGUUUUUUAAUUUCCCGCUUUUUUUCACCUAACCAUCAUUGACAUCAUAGGCUCUUUUUGCCGACAAUUUUUCCGACACAGUACAAAAAUUGUUGUUUUCUUUUUUUCUAAACUUAGAUACGGUCCUUUUGGAUUCAACCCCAGAAGAUUUCGCCAACUUUUGAAAAAUUAAAUGAAAUUGAAUAAGAUCGAUGAAGUUUGAAACAAUGCGAAUUCUCUUUUCAGUUUGUUGUCAUCCAAAAAUUUUGCUACCAUAGCAACGUGACGUAACGACUUCUACUCUCUAUUGUUAGUGGUUUUACAGUGGGACUACACGAACCGAGCCCGAGGCCAGCGAAAAAAAUUUUGAGAUAAAUUUUGAAAUUAGCCAAUCACAGGGCGAGCUCUAGAACAAUGAAGUUGUGCAUAGUUUUGUACUCAGAGCCAGUUCAAGAUACAUUGCAAACCAUUUUUCUAAAAGAUAUAAAACAUAAGGAAUCAUGACGUUUUUGUAAAUCAAGCUGAAAAUGUUUUGACAAUGCUGGUCUGGGUGUGGUGUAAUCAGAGCCAGCAGUAAAGAAAUUUUGAGCAAUCCGAACUAAAGGUGACGACCGCGCAUUUCACGGCAAACAGCGCUCAGUGAGUGAAUUGCCGUGUUGGUGAUUUGAGAGCUACGGUGGCUCGAAAACACUUCCCAGAAUGUAAAACACGUCCCAAAAUCCAAAAACACUUCCCAGAAUCCAAAACACAUCCCAGAAUCCAAAAACACUUCCCCAGAAUCCAAAACACGUCUCAGAACCCAGAAACACUUCCCAGAAUCCAAAACACUUUCCCAAAACCAAAACCACAUUCAAGAAUCCAAAGGCAUCCCGGACGUGUUUUGGAUUCUGGGACGUGUUUAGCCUGAGAAAACAGCCGACAUUUCGCGAAGCUACCACUGGUUUCCCUGCGAAAUGACGUCUGAGAAACUGAAAUGCUUCUGAUUGGUUGAAUCAAAUUUCCCACACAGCACGACCAAUCAGAAACACCACCCAGAUCUGGGUAGUGACACGUCAUCAGUAUGGAAUUUCUGCGCUCGUUUCUCGAACGUCAUUUGGCCGGGAAACCAGUGGUGGCGUUGCAAAAUGUCAGCUGUUAUCUCAGGCUAGGACUUGUUUUGGAUUCUGGCAAGUGUUUUUGGGUUCUGGGACAUGCUUUGGAUUCUGGCAAGUGUUUUUGGAUUCUAGGACAUGUUUUAGGUUCUGGGAAGUGUUUUUGAAUUCUGAGACAUGUUUUGAAUUCUGGGAAGUGUUUUGGAAUUCUAAGUGCAUACUUAGGGACCUAAAGUCUAAAAUGACCCUUGUUUAAUUAAACAAGGGUCUAAUUAUUAUUAUUUUGUUUGUUUGUUUGUUUUUUAAGCAGCCUGUUUAUUUUUAUAGGGGGGUUAUUUCCUCCUUUUUAUUAUCUCCCAGGGGUUAAACUGAAUUUCUGCCAUACAGACAAACCAAGAUUCUGCUACCUUCCAGGGAUGCUUUUUAUUUUUAUUUAUUUUCAUUAUUUUUUUGAUAAGCACCCCUGUCUUUUCAGCAUGCAAAGAAAGUAGUGUCCGAUUGCCCGGGGCUAGUGGAUUUUGCUAUCGGGCUGGUGAAUUCUGUUUUUAACUUGCCCGACUGGCAAUUGAUGUUUUUUGAGGAAUUUGAAUCGCAGAAGAACUGUGAAAGUAAUUCUGUUCGUCAAAAAGCUUUUGGGGCUAGUUGAAAUGACGUCUGGGCUAGUAAAUGCUAGCUUCAACUUGCCCAAAUGGCAAGCUGUAAAAAUGAUUUUCUUUGCACCCCAUUUUUGUAAAGCAUCCCGGCUAUUCUUAAAGGGGAGUAUCUCCUUCUCGUUUUGUUACCUCGUAGGGGUUAAAAUGAAUUCCUUCCAUGCCCUCAAAGCAAGAUUGAAUUUUUUUAUUUGACUAGCACCUCAGUUGUUUAAUAGGGUAGUAUCUCCUUCUCCUCCCCCUUCCCCCCACUCCCUGAGGACAUUAGCAACCAACAUUACAGGGUUGUCACUAAGGGCUGGGAGGCGUGGAUUUCCCCUGGCUGCUAUGAGCAUGACGCCUGGUUACUUUAUUCAUAGGAAAUAAAAGGAAAUAGGACCGAAAGAAUUUCCAGGAUGUUCUAUUCCCUGCUCUGAAACUUGAAACCAUAGUGACAGCCCUGAACCCUAACCCAUAAAAGAAACUCUCUGCUCUGCUGGCUUUAUUUUCUGGUUUUAGAUCAUUCUAGAAAUCUACCCUCUGAUUGGUUCAUUGCUGUGGUUUUGAAAGGCCCAAGAAAUAUUUUUUUCUUCCUGUUUUGAAAAUGUUUAUAAGUGCAACUGCUUACUAGAUGCCUUUCAGAAUCAACUUAGUGUGCAGCAGAAAUCCCGCAUAACCAAGUUUAAAAGAUAAAUUUGUUGUCUAAAACUGAGCACACUGGAACCAGACAUCAUUUAGUGAAUUAAAAUGUCAGUAUCACCCUCAAUUAUGUAAAAGCUAAGAUGUAAGCUUCCAGUCCCAAGACAAGCUGCUCAGUGCUUUUUUAUUCACACCCAGAACCUAAGAUGUCAGAUUGAUAAACAUUUUCCCCAAAUACUUUUGAAUAACUGUUGUUUUAAAUGUCUCACUUCAGUUUUAAUUCUAUUUUGUUUAACUCACAGACCUGUCAGCAAGGAAGCAGCCCUCUAGCUCUGUGGCCAACAAGGAGGAGUUACCAGGUACUAUUAUAUGUAAUAAAGCGGAAGUGGUAGACAUACAGUAGAUUAAAAACGCUUAUUUUAACAUGAAAAUGACUUUUGUCGUUUGUUACAUUGCAAUACGAAAUUAUCUUUAUUGUAGUAGUUGUUUAUUUAUAUUUCAAGAAUAAGUAGUAAAGAAGAAGUAUGAUGUGAUACUUCAAGCGUCAAAUUCUUUCUUUCAUUCAAUCUUUCUGUUAGAAUUUUGCUAAGGUAUUUUUAACCUGCGUUAACCGUCCUCGAGGCAUGUCAUAAAAAAUAAGAAUUAUUUUUACCUCUCAACCACAAACGUCACUAACGGCUUUGGAGAGGUAGCCCUCUAUUGGCGGUGUCUCCUCCCUGAACCUCUCUUUGUGGGGUAACACCCCUUUACACUUGCUUUACUGAUGCAGUCUUCAAAGAUAUUUACAUCUACAUGUUACUCAGCCAAGGUUGCCCAUCCCGCCAUAUUCAGGGCCGGGUUGUUCGAAGCUGGGUUAAGAUAACUCAGGGUUAGUGCGAAAUUUGAACUCAGAUUUGAGAGCUUAAAAAUCAAAUUCAGUUUCAUCCUCUUUGCCUACAAUUUGAUGAUUGGAUACUCUAAAAAGAAUAGAGAAAAUUAUUCGGGAGAGUGCUUUUGAUAAAAGGAAAAAGAAUCCCGGGUUAAAAUUUAACCCUAGGGUAGCGCUAACCGGCCUUCGAACAACUGGGCCCUGCAGAAUUGUAAUUUCAAUAAUUAAUAAUUCUAUAUUUAGCUAGGUGAAAUUACAUUUUUAACUUUACAUAACUGAAAUUUGUGCUAGGUUAUAACUUUAUAAUGUAAGAGAAAUAAGAAGUGCGAGCUGGGAAGCUAAAUAAACUGUUAGAUUUUCUAGUUAGCUCCCCAUCCAAUUAAAGUCAGUGUGUAAGCAGGUGAAAAAGAAGAAAAUAGAAUAGAUAAAUGAAUUAAUAAAUUCAAUUCAAUUAAUAGACUCAAUUAAAAAAGAGCAUUCCUUCUACGUUUGACCGUUGUAUUUAUAUUCCUACACUAUAUUCUGGUGUUUUAGAGCCCUGAUAUCUAUAUGCACUCUUACUUACAUUUCUGUUGGUGUAUCAUGAGUUGAGGAUAAUUUGUUUUUAAAUAUGGACAUUUUAUUUAUAUGGUGUGAUCUGAUCAGUUUAUAUAAAUAAGGGCCUAUAUUUUGUGCGUCAACUGCCACCCUUUAACUUUCCUCACCUGUUAAGAUAUCAAGUUAUAAACGAACAAUUCUUUAACAAAAAGGAACGUAAAAUUUUCUUUAACAGAUUCUCUCUGCCUCGAGGAGUGCCAGAAACAGCUGCGAUCAAUUUAUGAAACCAGCAGCAAAGUCAAAAUCGUUCCGUGGGACCAAAGCUCUGCCGUUCAUAUCGAUGAAAUUUACACCCAGUUGUCUUGGCUUAUGGAUGAGAAGAAGCCCAGCGGAGUAACACAGAAGGAACUGAAACACUACACCGACAUUUUUGACGGCGGAAGACUUGGUCAUACCCCAAAGCGUAUUUUGGUUCACGGACGACCAGGUAUCGGCAAGACCGUUUUUACGCAGAAAGCUACAUUCGACUGGUCCCAGCCCAGAUGUAAAGGAAAGUUAGGAACAUUUGAUCUUGUACUUUUGGUCAAAUUACGCGAUGUUUGCGACCUCGACGAUGUCCCAGGCAUUCUGAGUGCUGCUAAUCUUCUUGCGAGUGAUGGCCCAAUUUCCACUGACAACCUGUACGAUUACGUUCGUCGCCACCAAGAAAAGGUGUUGCUUAUUUUGGACGGCUACGAUGAAUACGUACACAGCGCAGAAAGGCAAUCACCUGUUCUUCAAAUCUGGGAGAAAAAGCAGUUGAGGGAUUGUUGUGUUAUUGUAACGUCUAGAGACAUGAAAGGAGAGAGAUUGAAAAGUUCCAGUGAUGCUCAAUUUGAGAUCGACGGUUUUGACCGUAGGCAACAAAAAGAGUUCGCUCGUAGAUUCUUGAAAGAUGAUCAAGAUGUUGAAGAGUUUUUCAGGUACUUGAAACAACAAAGUCUGGAGGAUGUAGCAAAGAUACCUAUUGUACUUUUAAUGCUGUCUUUGGUUUGGGAGAAAAAGGAUCGUGUAGGACUACCUUCAUCACGGGUGAUGAUUUAUGACCAGUUCAUACAGACUAUGUUUAAUCAUAUGUCUGAAAAACAAAACAAGCCGGUGGAAAAAGUUGACGACCACAAAGAAGAACUCUGUAAAGUAGGAGAACUAGCCUUUGACGCACUUCUACAAGAUUUACUUUACUUUCCUCUCAGUAUACUGCCGGAUCGCGUUUUGACUGAGAAACUGAUCGAGGCCGGGUUGUUUCAGCUGCUAAACGUGUCCGCUCUUAACCCCAGCAAAGACGUUCACUUCAUUCACAAAUCCAUGCAGGAGUUUUUGGCUUCUAAAUUUGUAAAAGAAGAUCUGUUAUCUCAAGAAAGUAAAAACAAUUCCCUUUUCAAAGCCGACUCAAUUGAAAAGAUCUUCAAGUUGAAUGAAGUUUUUAAAUUUGUUGGUGAAAUGUCAGAAGAAGCCGCGCGCAAGAUCUUGAUUCAUCUGUUGGAAAUGGCGGCGAAGGAAGACGGAGAGUACAGCUUCGACAAUCAAGCACCGUCAGUCGAAGAUUUGUCAGAAACACAAAAAAAUCUUUUAACUAUAUGUACACAGUUAUUCUUCUACUGCUCAGCAGACACGAGAACAGAACUUUUCCCCACUUUUCUUUCUAAUCUAGGAGGUGUUUUGUUCAUUUUAAAUCCUGACCAGCUGAAUAUUGCAGCAAAGGAAAAUUUUGUUAAAACUACCGCUUCACUUAUGUACAUAUUUUUCUCUGAUAGCAACCAGUAUACAGAGCAAAGUUAUAAUAAUUUAAUUAGUUUAGCACAGCAAUUAAACGCUGUUAUAGUUAGUAGAACAGGAGAACAGAAAGCAUCAGAAUUUUUGAAUGUAUUUCCAUGGCGUAGUGUUGACGAGUUUUUUUUAAUGAAAGAAGAAAACAACACUCACCUUUAUUUUACUAAAAUUGUAAAACGUUCAUAUCAUGGCAUUCGUCUUCCUUUGAAAAUGGUAAAGACGUUAGUUAGUUUAGAAGAGACAACAAAGAAGACAAACAUGAAUGGUGAUGAGUCAAGUGAAGAGAGCAGCAGCAGCUGUUGUUCAAAGCGUCAUGGUCUCUCCAGGGUUCGGAGGAUUGAAGCUGAUGAUGUGAACAGGUCAGAAGUGGAACAGCUGAUUGAGAUGAUGACGUUUUUCACCGCUCCACACGUGAUAUUGGUUUGGGGUGAACUAUACGGUGAAGUGUUUGAUGCUGAGGUAACAGAGUCUCUACUGAGGAGCAUCCCAACAACACACAAACUGGAGAGAUUAAUACUCCGUGCUAUCAAUUUAACUUCAUCACCUGCUGUGGAGUUCAUAAGCAGAGUAUUUAAACAAGAUCUUCCAAACUUGAAGUUGCUCGACAUGUCAUGGAAUCCUCUUCUGGGUGCAGGAGUCGACAGCUUGAUAAAACAUCUCAGCUGCGCUCCUCACCUGGAGGAACUAAUCCUUGAAGAUGUAAAGAUGACUCCACAGCAGGUGAUGAAUCUCACAUCAGCCAUCAAGCAGCACGGAAACAUCAUUGAACUGUGGUCAGACUACCACGUAAGUUUUCCAAUUUUGUCGCAAUUUGUUUCUUUAGUCUUUGUUUACAGUUUAUUUCUACUCAGCUCUUGCCUUUCGCCAUUUUCCUUUCUUUGUCAUUUUUAUACUCGACAAAACACGAGAUUUGUUUUUGAAAUCAAAUCGCAAACUUUAGCAGAUUCAAAGAAUCAUUUCAAAUUCAUUUCUUUCAACUGAUUAAACUAACUCCAUAAAAUGUUUUAACUGAGAACGUUAAGAACAAGUAACUUUAGCUGAUAUUAAAACAUGGAGUUGAACACAAGAUGAGAAAUUUCGUAUCUUCAAGCAGCCAUAAGAUGAUAUUAUUGGGUGAAAACAAGAACUUUUAGCAAAACAAAAGCACAUAAUUUCCACAGUAUUAAUUUCUCAAUCAAUUUUAAUUCAUACCUCUUCAUAAAGUAAGAAACAAGAAUCAUAAAAGCAAAUGAAAGAUGUUCAGUUCAUGUUCAAUUCAAACAAAUGAGCAAAGAGGAAGCACAUUGAACUCACAGUUUCACAUUUAUCGUCCAGGGCUCCUAUAAAAACAGUUUAAGUCAAGUGAAGUUCCUUUGAAAGUCCAAAAAACAAACAAGUCUUUGUUAUAGCUGUUCUUUUGUUAGUUCUUGAGCGUUUCUUUGGUAAAUACUGGUCCUUGCAGUUCGGUGAAGCGUUGGUACAAAAAAAUUGUAUCUUCGAGACAACGGUUGAAAGCAACACCAAAAAAAUUUUCCUUACAGGUAAACACUUCUCUGUUCUCCACUGUCUAGCAUAAGUGUCCAUUGCAUGAUUUUCAUCGCGUAAAUAUCAUAAGAUUGUUUUCAAUUUUCCCAGAACACUCGCCAUACAAAUCAAAUCCUGCGGAGCUUUGGGCUUUCGUGAAAUAUCCUUAUAAAUGAUGUUUCCUUGAGCUUCGAACAACUCCUUAGCAUAUUCCUGAGUAAAAAGAGAUGAAUCUCUGUCUUUUGCCGGUAACAUUUCCUUGAUGUUUUCUUAUUAAAUUUUGAGUUCAUCCUGAACAGUUUGCUGUUGAAGAGCGAACUGAACAAACUACAAAAACAACAAACGAUGUCAUUCAAAGCCUAGUGACGUGGCGGCAACUGAUUGGUUAAAACCACCUCGGAGGAUUUUUCACGUGAUGACAUUUUCCCGCCUUUCGUUUUAUUACGUAACAAAAUUCCCGCCCUCAAAAAAUACACUGUUAGGGACUUGUCAGAAAUUAGCAGGGGGGGAGGGGGGGGUGGGAAUUUUAAAUUUGGGUUCGGAAAUUAGGUGACCCACCCCUGCAAUGGGAGUGAAAUUUGCUAACCCUCCCCUUUAGCUUGGUCUAAAAUAUCAUGACCCUCCCCACCUUACAGAAUUGAAAGAAAAAUGUUCCAGGCUCUUUAAGGUGCAGGAUUCCAAGCCAACAAGACAAACAAAUGAACAAGAAAAAAAAGGAAACAAAGCAAAAUAAAAGCAAAGCAAAGAAAGCUAGGGCAAAAAGAAUGGAAGCUAACUGCAAAGGAGCUAUUGAAACCAUAUUACACCUCGGCAAGAAUCGCGUGAUAUUACAGAGCCUAUUGGCCCAUUAUUUCUUCAUUAUGAAGGAAAAAGUGGGUUCCUCAAAACGCAAAGGCCAUAUAUCUUUGAGAAGGGUUGUUCACCAAUGAUUCUCAAACUCAUUAAUAAUUCAUAAAGAAAAUACAAAGAAAAUUAGUGUUUAAUGAGUGUUUGGAAAUCGGAUGAAAAACUGCUCAGUAUUUGCAUCCUUAAUUUCUCCUUCAAAAAUGAUUUUGUUUGAGAAGAAAUAUCAAACAUUCGACACAGUGUUUCAUCACCAGAUGAAACACCUCGAAGUUCGUCAAAAAUACUCCGCUGCGCAUCGUAUUUUCAACUCUCUUCUCGGUGUUUCAUCUGGUGAUGAAACACUGCGUCUCAUGUUUGAUAUAUUACAUCACAGGACAUUAUCAAGCAAUAUCUACGCUUCAACUUAAAUGAAAAUCAUGAUGAUGAUAAAAGUGAUUGUAUCAAUGCGAAGCUAAUAAAAUAAGAUAGAAUAAACAAAGUAAAAUGCUGAUGACAUAAAUGAUGAUGAUCAAGAUGCUCACAGCAGCAUUGAUGGUGAUGCUGAAGACAGGGAUGAAAAGGAUAGCCAAAACUAUAAUAACAUUAACAACAACAUUAUUCGUUUUUGCAAUAAGACUCUAUAGCAUUUUUAUAAAUGAAAAGUAGAUGUUUGUUAAGUACUUCACAGUUUAUAUCCAUAAUAUUCCGUUGCUCUUCUUUUUUUUACGAAAUAAAGAAAUUUUGUUUUUCUUCUGUGGGUGAACCUCUACAUGAUCACAGGCAUAUAUUUGCAUGACCCUCCCCAUUUUAAAGGCCCAUUUUUCAUGACCCCUCCCUUUUCUGAGUCUCAAAAAAGUUGUGACCCUCCCUCUGUUUCCACCCCCUCCCCCAGCUAAUUUCUGACAAGUCCCUUAUCUGCGAGUUUUGUAACGCAGAAGAUUUUCGAGAGAAAAUAAAUAGCAUUUCAUUACUUUGAUUUUGAUUCUGCUAUUUUGCAUGCAAGAUUCUCGUACGUGCGCCUUGAUAAAAAGAACGUUUGUCUUACCAAUCCCGCCGAGAAGUCAAAAUCUUCGCUUUUAUACAAGGGGAAACAUUAUCUCAGCCAGGGGCGUAGCCAGCAUUUCGACUAGUUGUAGGCCGGGCUGACUUUCAUUUCCACAUAUCCUGAAAAUUGCACGCAUGACUAGUACGCACUGACCUCACCAACACUUUGAGCUCUUAAGCUUUUUAGUUCACCCCAACAACGCAUAAUUUAUUACAAGCAGUAGAGUGAUCAAACCAAAAAUUUGUAGUCCCGUCUUACAGGUCUAUGGGCUGGCUACACCCCUGUCAGCAAAUAACCGUAAAAACGCUUAAAAAUAUCUUGUCAGUUGUUGUUUACAUGUAAACCUUGUGCUCGUAUAAUUUUUGACCGUGAUUUAUGGGGCAGAAAGCAUUUUUCCUUGUUUAGGGAUUUUUCAGUUCAUUCAUUCACAGCAGGUCAAAUUUUUAUUAGAGAGAGCUUAUUCGUUUAUUAUUUUGAAGUGAAUGAUUAUAUUUCCGAAAUUAUAUCGAUGGCCCAUGGAUCGCCGUUUCUGUUAGGAAUAAACGGCAGGGCUAUAGCUGUCUAUUCUCUCUUGAGACGCACUCAGACAUUUAUAGACCACAAGUAGCCUGUUUCAGGCGUUCAGCGAGUGUGGAGAAACGAGGAAACAGAACAGCGAGGAAUUUAUAAUGUAUUUAGGGAGCCCCUGUCCCUUUCUUCUGCUUUGUUUUUUAUACGGUCAUCUUACCGCCACUCCCCACUAUCUGAACGCCUAGAACAUGGUAGCCAAAAAUCGACUUAUAUUUGUUCUCUUGAAAAAAGAAGACGCUUUUUAAAGCUAUUUAGCAAAAAACCGCGCUGAUGUCACCUAUUGACAUUUCGUUCCAACCAGACCGAAAAGAAUUCUUUUGUUGUAUGCCGCACGGUUGGGCCGAGGAUAAAUUGGAAUUAGCCGAACCUGUGUAUGAAUCUUAAAACAGAUCCAGUCAGUUUCUUCGCCAUAAAGCGAUCUGGUUUGGUUGGUCAUGUUUACAGAGUUUUGCAAUAAGUCCAUGUACUAAGGGUUUCCUACUUUAUAAUAAGCUCACACGUUAAGGUGGCUCGAUACAGUUUUUCAAUGCCAAUACCUCCCAAGUUUGAGGAUAAUCUACGUCGCCAUCAACAAAGUUUUGGAAAAAUUGCCACCACAGUUGUAUUAGAUAAAGAUGAAAAUUUGUUAUGAUCAGGGUUGCAAUGACAUCGGAGUUGUAAUAGCAACGAAAUGACGCUAUUACCUAUUUUACUUACAGAAGUAUUUCUCGGCACUGGGAACUGUUCUUCCAAAAUCAUUCACGGGAGCUUUUUCCUCCAAUAGCCGCCUCGAUGUUAGUGAAGUUUAAGCGAAAUCUGUAAGAGCGUUAUCGAGAUAUUUUAGGAUAAAGAUUUUGUGGUUAGAAAUACGGUGAAAAAUGGAUAAUCUUGAUGUUCGGCUGUUAUCUGUAGAAAAUGAAGCGCUUUUGACAUGCAAUUUCACCUCAUAGUAGUUUCAAUCUUUUUUAAAACGUGUGUGAAAGACCGUGGAGAUAGCUCCAGCCGAUUGCUAGAAAGAAGGAUUUGAUUAGUAUGUAUCGAGGCUCUUUUGUUAGCGGUUUUUGAACAUUUUGGUCUACUUUAACAAAUUAGCGAAUAAGUUUUAAAUUGCUCGAUAGAUUUUUUUUUUAAAUUUAAGAUUCUUGAGAUUAACCUUCCUUUUAUAUGACCUUUUAGUUUCAAGAUUUUUGAUAUAUUGUAAGGCAGUAAAAUAAGGGCUACAAUUCGCCAAUAUUUUGGCAGAAAUUUUGUGUUUACAAAUGUGAGCCUCUCAUUAUUCAGGGUAUUGUCUCCAAGUUUCAUAUUUUCGCGCAUAACAAUAGCUAGCAUUUUUGCAUAUGUCAAAUGCAUUGUUAGUUAUUGUUGUUCACGUGAAAAUGAAACUUGGAGACAAUGCCUUGAAUAAUAAGAGGCUUUCACCUGUAAUAACGAAACGUCCGAUAAAAAAGUAACGAAUUGUAGCCCUUAUUUUACUGCCUUACAAUGUAUCAAUAAUCUUGAAACUAAAAGGUCAUAUAAAAGAAAGGUUAAUCUCAAGAAUAUUAAAUUUUAAAAAAAAUCUAUCGAGCGGUUUAAAAACUAUUCGCUAAUUUGUUAAAGAAGACUAAAAUGUUUACAAAACUGCUAACCAGAGCGCUUCUAUACAUGUUAAUAAAACCCUUCUUUCUAGCAAUCAGCUGGAGCUAUCUCCAUGAUCUUUCACACACGUUUUUAAAAAGAUUGAAACUACUACGAGGCGAAAUUGCAUUUAAAAAGCGCUCCAUUUUCUACAGAUAACGGCCAAACAACAAUAUUGUCCAUUUUUUACUGUGUUUCUAACCACAAAAACUUCAUCCCAAAAUAUCUCGAUAACGCUCUUACAGAUUACGCUUAAACUUCACGAACAUCGAGGCCGCUAUUGGAGAAAAAAGCUUCCGUGAACGAUUUUGGAAGAACAGUUCCCAGUGCCGAGAUAUACUGCUGCAAGUAAAAUAGGUAAUAGCGUCAUUUCGUUGCUAUGACAACUCCGAUGCCGUUGCAACCCUGAUCACAACACAUUUUCAUCUUUAUCUGAUACAACUGGGGUGGCAAUUUUUACAAAACUUUGUUUAUGGCGACGUAGUUUAUGCUCAAACUUGGGAGGUAUUGGCCCUGAAAAACUGUAUCGAGCCACCUUAAGCAGAACACAGCUCCAGGCUGGUUUUUGUCUAAACACUGUACUUUUUAUGAGGCCAAGUUUUGACUGUUGAUCUUUGCUUUUGGUACGCGAGGCUUGUUUUGAACUCAGUACAUCUUGUCAAAGUUCUUGUCAAAAAACAAUUGUCUUUCGUUUGUCACUGUACUCGCGUUGUACUUAAAAUGAAGGUUUUGAAAUGUGCACACGUCCACACGUUACUAAAAGUGGAUGGGUGGUUUUAAGUAUUGUUUUGUAUUUUGUUGCAGGAUAAUAAAGGAAACCCCAAACCUGAACAUGAAUGGCCAUCAGAGGACUUCUGGAGAAUUCUCUACCCUCGUCUCUUUCCUGAUUCAUCACCUGAAUGA